CGGAAGAGCUGCCGCAAAGUGGAUUGCGCACGUUCAUGACGGAAGUGAAGGGUCGUCUAAAAACUGCAGGCUUUGUGUUAAAAGCAACGUAGUGAAAAUGAAGUUAUUAUUCGGUGUCUUAUGACUUUGACGUCGUUUUCCUUCUCCGUGCUAUCAGACAUUUUGAAAGAAUUCACAUCCUUUUGAAGGGUUUUAUUCAGGUGCAAUUGAUAAACAUUUUCAUACUCUGUCGCUGUUUGUUUUGACUUCUACGGUGGUAAAAAUUCCGACAAAAGCCCACUUAACUAAACAGGCUAUAUUUUCUCUCUUGACCGGAAUGAAAGAUUAAACUGCAGCAUUGAUCAGCCACAUAUGGCUAAAAUAUCAUUUAGCUGUUUUAAACAGUGGCGAGAUAUAUUGUAUCUUUGUUUUAUAUCUCAGUGGAAACGCUACCACAAGGACCGUGCAACCUUUUCAAAAUUCUUUUUCAUGAGUACAGAGUCCAGUUGUUUAGGAAAGAGACUAAAAUUGGACAUAAACAACAAGAGACCCUUCAUUGCUGCAGCAGCAGGGCUUACUUUGUUAAAUAAGACUUCAAAUCAAGGAAAUACUGUGAAUAAAGACUACCAACCGGAAGCAUCUGAUGCAUUAAGUAAACAAAAGCAAAGGCUGAAAAUGGAUAUACCAAAAGCUAUCAAGUCUGAAGAUUCAGAAGCUGAGAGUUCUGGGAAACAAACAACCAUGAUUAAUGCAUCUCACAUAUCCGAAACCAUGAACAAAGUGAAACAAACUGGGCAGAAAAUUGAUGACUCCUCUGAAGUGAAAGAUCUUGAUAAAAAACGUGCAGAUAGACCUGAAGAAUCAACACAAACAGCAGACAAAGAAGUAUCCCAGAUCUUGUAUAUAGGCACUGUAGAUGAAGACUGCAACACACAAUCUAAGGAAGUUGAAAAUAUUGACACACUGUUUGUCAGUCACUCCUCUUCAGACUGUUCAAUAGCCACUAAAUCAAACCUUGAUCAACAAGAUGUGGAAAUGAAUAGUCUAGAAAGUCCUUUCAGUUGCCAAGAAGAACCUGCUUGUAAUUUCUUUAUAACUGAAGGACAAGAACAGUGCAAGAGCAAAGAUGAAUCUAAUUUUAUUAGUAAUACUGGCAAUUUAAUGUGCAAAACAAACAGUGAAAUUCACACAGUUGGAAAAGACAAACUACAGUCGAGUUCUAACAGAAACAACCAUGAAAGCAGGACAUUUUCAGAGGGGAAUGAGAAUGCAAGUCCUUUAGCAACGGAUACUGGGACAUCCAAGAAUUCUGGAAAACGAGAACCAAAAAUUACUGAUUAUUUUCAAAGAAAACAACCAGAAUGUGGCUCGCUACCAUGUGAUUUCAAAGACCGGAAACGUGUGAAAGUGCCAAAUAAUGGAGGGUCAGCAUCUCCUGAUGCAAAAUGGCUUGGAACACCUAUCAGUGAACUAUGGAGAAUGCCAGAGUGUGGGCAUAUUCUUCCACACCUAAAAAGUUCUUCAACUCAUACUGUGAUGAUAAGGACAGACUUGCUAAGAGAAAGUGGUGUCCCUGUGCCUUAUCCCACUAAGUACAAAGAUUCUUGGGAUGAUUCUAAUGUAAAAAUGCCUUGUUCAGAUAAGAACCUUUAUCCAGUUGAAAAUGAGGAUGGAAAUUCCAUGCUGCAAAGUCGAUGGGAUCUCAUCCAAAAUGCUCUUCAAAACCGAUUCAGUAGCUCCUUGGAUUUGAUGGAUGCAAUAUUAAGAUACAGUGCAUCACAUUGUAAGAAAUGGGACUUCACUGCCCUACAUUUGCUUUGCACAGAGGAUCUUGAUGAUGCUGAAGUUCGCCAUUUGUUUGAAUCGCUUCUUCCUGACAUGGUGAAUUUAGCUAUCAGACUACCAAAGCUAUGUACACAGCCGAUACCAUUGCUUAAGGCAAAGAUGAAUCACUCAAUCACAAUGUCACAAGAGCAAAUCUCUUGCCUUCUUGCUAAUGCCUUCUUUUGUACCUUUCCACGCCGCAGUUCCAGGAAAUCAGAGUAUUCAAAUUAUCCAGAAAUAAAUUUCAACAGAUUAUUUGAAGGAUCAGCAACAAAAAAGAGAGAAAAACUCAAGACGCUCAUUUGCUAUUUUAGAAGAAUUACUGAGAAGAAACCUACUGGACUUGUGACAUUUACGAGGCAAAGUCUUAGCAGUUUUCCAAAAUGGGAAAGUUCUAAAACUCUGCUUACACGGUUGCAUAUUACUAGUGAAGGCACUAUUGAGGACCAGGGUUAUGGUAUGCUCCAGGUUGACUUUGCUAACAGAUUUGUUGGUGGCGGAGUCACUGGAUCAGGCUUAGUGCAAGAAGAAAUCCGCUUUAUUAUUAAUCCUGAACUUAUUGUUUCUCGACUUUUCACUGAAGCUUUGGAGCAAAAUGAAUGCCUUAUCAUCACAGGUGUUGAGAGAUUCAGCAACUACAAGGGCUAUGCAGAGUCAUACAGGUGGUCCGGAAGCUAUAAUGAUGACACUUUAAGGGACAAUUGGCAGAGAAGAUGUACUGAGAUUGUGGCAAUCGAUGCCUUAAAAUUCAGGCGCUUCCUCGAACAGUUCACACCUGAAAAAAUUAGAAGAGAGUUAAAUAAAGCAUAUUGUGGUUUUGCACGACCAAGUGAAAAAAGUAAAAAGCUGCCUGCUGUGGCUACUGGAAACUGGGGAUGUGGAGCUUUUGGAGGUGAUACUCGAUUAAAAGCUCUUCUUCAGAUUAUGGCAGCUGCAGAGGCUGGAAGGGAUGUUGCAUAUUUUACUUUUAAUGAUACUCAACUUAUGAAAGAUGUCCAUGAGAUGCACACAUUUCUAACCCAAAGAAAAGUUACUAUUGGAAUUAUUGCACAGCUGCUUGAUCAGUACUGUAAUAAUGUAUGCAGGAACUGUCAUACACUCAAACCAGAUGUUAGUCUGUAUGCCUUCAUUUACGACUCUCUGGAUUCGUAUUCAGCUUCCACAGAUAGUGAGGAAGACAUGGCUAAACCAAGAGGAUGCAAAGAAAACAUUUAAUCAUAGUGUUUAAAUUUGGUUGAAAAUAUUCUUUAUAAAAAUCCUUUUUGUCAUUGAGUAUGUUAGUCAUGGACUAUGUUUAUAAGUUAUGUUUAAAAAAGAAACUAUAUGUAUAAUUAAUUUGUUUUCAAUCUUGGGUAACAUGUUUCAUUAUUUGUUGAUCAGUUUCCCUCAAUAUUCAGACUUUUUCAGUACUACCAAAAUAUAUAUAUGUGUCUGCCCAAAACAUUUAUUUCUUAGAUAUCUUGUUAAGUAGAAUUACUGCUAUUUAAAUUGAAUUUACACACACAUUAGUAAUACUUGUUCACUUUUGCUACUUGCUCACAAACCUUGAAUAGAAUGGGAUAAGAAGAAAAUGCACAGAAAAGUAAAAUAUAUUGUAAGUUUAUUCAUUGUAAUAUUCUCUUGUUUAUUCAGUUCUCUGAUUAUGGCCGGUUGACAUUUUUCCUUAUCAUAUUGACAGAUUCAGCUGAAAAAUUGGCUUCUUUUUCCAUCAGAAAUUGCAAAGUUUAAAAUAUUUUUUUUUUGGUCUUAAGUUCAUUGUUUUCUCAUAGAAUAUUCAAGAAGUUCUGUUAAAUUAUCUAAAUUAAACUGAAGCCACCUCCCCCCAAUUCAAAGUUAGUAAUCUAAUUAGAUUACUAUAUUUUAGGACCUACCAUGUUAUAAAAACGUACUGGUCUUGUCAUGGGGACUACCUAGUCAUUGACAGAGGACUGUCCAUUCAGGAUCUCAUCGUUUUUUGUAGAGGAUGCUCCUUUGAAAAUAAGAAUUAGUAGAGUUAAGUAAACUAAAAUCUAUCAAUAAAUACAUUUAGUUAGAAAACCUUGGAUAGAACAACUUGGCUGAUUUUACCUAAUAUGCCGGCCACUUAGUUAAUUCUAAACGGCCAGUAUAAGUAAUCUGCAUUCUGUCUAAAUGAGUCAGAAUACUCAUUUGCAGUCUUUUCAAAGGAUAAUUUCAUUCCCAGUGCUCAAACUCUGGAUUUAUUCUUGAGAGCAGGAUUGAUCAUUGGGAUUCCCUUGUUAUUACAUUUUGGCCUAUUAUUUGCAGAAUAUGUCACUUGACACGUCCACUUCCAUAGGCCCUGGCUGUUAGACAGGAUGGGGCUUCUAAAUUCCCAGUGACCCCACAUACACACAAUAAUUAAUAGUGUUUCCAUCUUUUGCCACUGUGGCGCCUAUUCGUAUUUUAUUUUUACCUUGAUUAGUGCCUUUUUCAUGAAUCAACCCAUGACUAACCAGGUGUUUUUGUGACACUGUUGUAACAUGCAAGUAUGUUUAAGAAAGUUUAAACAUGUAAACAGUAUAUAGUAAUUUGAUUAUUUCACUUUGGUGAUUCAAGUAACAUAAAGUUUAAUAAAAGAAUAUAUGUGUAUAAACAAUGAAAUAUUUUAUGCAGUUCUUUAUACCUGAAUUUAUAUUCUUUUUACAGAAACAUCUAAAUAAUUUCCUCAGUAUAGGCUAUUAAAAAUGUGGGAGUUUGUAAAGAGUCCCCAAUGCUCUUUUCAGCAUUAUCAAAUUGGUUAGCAGACUGGACAUUCUGGUUUGUUAAUGGAAAUUUAUUCUUAAAGUACAAAUUAACAGUUUGUUUGGAUUAAAUCUGUAUCCUUCAAGUAUUUUAAUAGUAAAGUUUUUUUCACAUUUUAUGUUCAGAUGUAUUGUUCUUGUACAGUAUAUAAUACAAAUCCAUGCAACAUAUAAAACAGUAUGUAAAGUUUGACAUCAUCCAAAUUUGCUAAAUUCUUUCAAAUUAUUUGAGGUUUGUAAUAAGAACAUUCAUUAAUUUUGUAUAAUGUUAUUGUAAGUUGCAUUACGUUUUUUAUUAUAGUUGAAAGAUUAUAUUUUUUAAAUUUAUCUUUAUUUUACAACUUUUUUCCUAUACUCUCCUCAGUAUCUCCUUAUUCCAAUGUGUUUUGCACUUGCUUUUUUAAAGCAAUAAAAAUAUAUAUUAAAAACACUAUUGUAUUAAUUCAGCUUUUAGGAUUGGAUGGACAACACAUUUUGCUUCUCCAGAGGCUAUAGCUGUAUUAUCUUUUAAAGAAAAAUAGUGUAAAAUAAACAUACUAAAGUAGUUUUUGCUUUUAUGAUUUAGCUAGUUUUUCUCCUCAAAUGCUUGUCCAAAUUAUGUAUAAAUUGAGUAACUGCUGUGGUUUCCAAUUUUUAUGCAGCUAUGUUAAAAUGAUUUAUUUAUUUGACAUAAUUUUACAUAAAAACUUGAAACUAAACCUAACUACAAUUAGCUCCGAAAUCCUUUUUUAAAUGUUCAUUACAAAAUAUUUUUUUCCUCAGCGUCUGCUUAAUACAUCUCACAACAUGGAAGCAACUAUGGGAUAAUAUGGCUAUUUUGUUUUUUUUUCUGUAGAUUUCAGGAUAAUUUCUUUCAGCUCACAUUCUGUUUAGAUCUGAUAAUAUCUGAUUGAUCUUUUCUCAAUUAAUUAAUACUUUGUUUCAAAAAAUUUAAAAUCACAAAGACAAUUGAAUUGGUGAUUCUUUUAAGUUUUGCUAUAUUUUUUUUUAUAUCUCUGUAUUAUUUACAGUAUGUGGCACUUUGAAUUUUCUUUGAAAAGCAUGAGUAUACUCUACUGGUGUAUUACAUUACUGCAAUAUAAAAUGGUGGUGCUGUUUUCCCUGAAAAAAAAAAUCUGAAAAGUUGUCCGUUAUGUGUUUAUAUACCUCACGGAAAAUAAAGGAUCUAAUUACCAA